AUGAAUGUGCGGGUGAUUUCAAAUGAUCUUUAUUAAUAAAUAUAGCAGUAUUAAAUACAAUAUUCCAUAAAUAAUCGUUUCCAAUCGUUGUAAAGUUUUGUGUUGUGAUAAUAUUGUGAUAUUCUGAUCAGCUGAUUUGAUCGUUCGUUUAAAAUAAAAUUGAUGUCGAUUGAAAUGUCAGGGGGUUAGUAAGAAAUAAACAAACACACGAAUCAUAUUUGAAUUUGAGAUAACGAACUGCGCACAAUAACCGUACUUAAUUAUAAGCUAUCACAAUGGACCCCGGAUAUUUUGAUAUAGAGAGGAAGCAGAACCCGAGGGAAACUGCCAACGUCUUCUCUAAACUAUGUUACUGGUAUACUCGACCUGUAUUUGAAAAGGGUCGUAAAGGACAACUAAGCAUAUCAGACCUAUACAGAUGUACACCAGGGCACAGAGCAGCGCCGCGAGGCGAUGUUAUGGCGGAGCAAUGGAAACACGAAAAACAAAAACAAGAUAAAGAUAAAAAGCCGUCAUUGUUAAGAACUAUAAUGAAAAUAUACGGCACAAAGUUCAUCAUAGGAAAUUUAAUAUUUGCAUUUAUAGAUGCCAGUAUUAGGUUAUCAAUACCAAUGUGUCUAGAGGGGCUCAUCAAUUACUUCUCACCGUCGCACGCGGGUGUUACAACCAACGAGGCAUAUCUGUACGCCCUAGGUGUUGUUGGGUUCAUGGCGAUCAGCGCCAGCAUGAUUCAUCCCAUGCUGUUGUGGCUGCUCACCAUGAGCAUGAAGAUUAGGGUCGCCUGCUGCUCCCUCAUAUAUAGAAAGCUAUUACGAUUAGAUUUGACGACCGGUGGCAAAGCUUCCGAAGGUCUAGCGGGUCACGUGGUGAAUUUGCUGACGACUGACGCGCAGCGCUUCGACAUGGCCAGCCUGUUCAUGGUGGAUCUGGUGCGCACACCCAUCGAGAGCGUCCUCAUCAUCUAUCUCAUGUACCGCCAGAUCGGAGUCGCCACGCUCAUUGGAGUUUCCUUCCUCUUGCUGUUUAUACCACUACAAGGUUACCUAGGCAAGAUCUCGAGCAAGCUGCGGCGGCAGACGGCCGUGCGGACGGACAACCGCAUCCGGCUGAUGAACGAGGUGAUACAGAGCAUCGAGGCCAUCAAGAUGUACGCCUGGGAGAACGCCUUCGUCAGGAUCAUAGGCCAGGCGAGGAAAAAAGAGAUGAAUGUUAUAAAGAAGAUGUCCUGGUUGCGCGCCGUGAUGAUAUCCUGCGUCAAGCUGAACACGAAAGUCGCUAUUUUUCUCAGUAUCAUCUCCUUCCUCUCCUUCCAAAACGAGCUGACCGCCUCCAAGGUUUUCGUCAUCUUCUCCUAUUACGACAUCCUCAAGUAUACUCUGGUCGACUUCCUGCCACUGGCUAUAACCUUCACUCUGGAGGCGUACGUCAGCGUAAAGAGGAUGCAGGAAUUCCUACUGCUGCCAGAAGUUGACAAUCAGGAUAAUGUUGAUCUGAUUAAUAUAGAAGAAAGUAAGACUCCUGCUCUUAGUAAUGGAGUUUUUGAGAAGAUUGGGAAUGGGGGGCAAACGUACAUAAAGUCGGAGUCGAACCUGGAGCGUCUGAAGCCGAACGUUCUGGUGAGCUUCAAGGAGUACACGGCGCACUGGAGGAAGGUGGAUGAUGAGGUGGCGGAUAGCAAGGUCCUCGCCCUCGCAGAUAUCAAUUUAGACAUAAAGCCGGAGAGCCUGACGACGGUGGUGGGGGUGGUGGGCGCGGGCAAGUCGACACUGCUGCAGGCCAUGCUGCACGAGCUGGUGCCCAGCGCCGGCACCCUGCACGUGCGCGCCAACGUCGCCUACGCCGCACAGGAGCCCUGGCUCUUCGAUGCAUCCGUUCGACAGAACAUUCUGUUUGGGCAAGAGCUGGACCUGCGGCGCUAUAAGCAGGUGAUCAAGUGCUGCCAGCUGAAGAGCGACCUGGACAUCCUGCCGCAUGGGGACAAGACCGUCGUCGGUGAGAGAGGUUCUACCCUGUCAGGUGGUCAGAGGGCGCGCGUGUCGCUGGCGCGCUGCGUCUACCAGCAGGCUGAUCUCUAUCUACUGGACGAUCCUCUAGCGGCUGUUGACGCAAAGGUGGCGCAGGCUAUCUACGAGGAGUGCGUGCGCGGGUUCCUGCGGGAUCGUGCGGUGGUGCUGGUGACACACCACGUGCAGUACGCACGACACGCGGACAACGUGUGUGUCAUGCGUGAUGCCAGGAUAGUCGCACAAGGGACCUACCAAGAGCUGAAAUCUGGUGUAGCAGAGUUUGAGAAGCUGAAAGAGAUGGGGGAGCGGGUCGAAGAACAGAAACAGAAACAGAAAGCAGGUUACGAGAAGCACGAUAGCAUUGACAACAUCCAUAAGCUACGCUCCCAGAGGUCUAUGUCUGAGGCGUCUCAACUCUCCUUCAACAUGGACCUCGAUAACAACAUUGACCCCAAGUAUGAAGGUGAGAGCCAGAACAAAGGGUCAGUAUCCAGCAGCGUGUACCUGGCGUACAUCAAGAGCGGCGGCAGCGUCGCCUCCAUGCUGCUGCUGUUCGCUCUCUUCCUGCUGGCUCAGGUCUUCUACUCCUCCUGCGACGUCUGGCUCAAAGAGUGGGUAAAUUUGGAAGAAAAGAACAGUGCGUAUAACUCCGUGAGAAUGAAUUAUACGAACGUCUCCUCCGCUGUACCACCUCCAGAGUUCCAAGAUAUACCGGGCAACUACUUCCACCUGACUCGCAACGAGUGUGUGUACAUCUACGCCAGCCUGAUCGCCAUCUGCAUCUUCUUCACCGGCAACAAGCUCAUCGUCUUCUACAACACCUGCAUAAAGGCCUCCAUCUCGCUACACGACAAUAUGUUCAGAGGAGUGACGAACGCCCCGAUGUGGUUCUUCUACCACAACCCCUCGGGUCGCAUCUUGAACCGCUUCUCCAAGGACAUGGGGCAGGUGGACACCCUGCUGCCCGUCGCACUGGUCGACUGUCUCGGGUUCUUCUUAGAAGUGGUGUCGAUCCUGGUGGUGGUGUGCCUGGUGAACUGGUGGCUGCUGCUGCCGACCGCGGUGGUGGCCUUCCUCCUGCACCUGCUGAGGAACCUCUUCCUUAACACCAGUCGAGAGCUUAAGAGGAUAGAGGCAAUAGCUCGCAGCCAGAGCCUAAACCAGGCGGCGGCGACUGUGUCGGGGCUGACGACGAUCAGGUCGUGCGGGUCACGGCAGAGGAUGCUGGCGCGAGAGUUCGACAAGCUGCAGGACCUGCACAGCUGCGCCUGGACCCUCGUGCUCAACACCAACCGCGCCUUCGGCUUCUGGAUGGACAUGGUCUGCUGUCUCUACCUCGCCUUCGUCACCUUCAGUUUCUUCCUGUUCGUUGGCAACGACACGAUGGGCGGCAACGUGGGGCUGGCCAUCACGCAGGUGAUAGGUCUGGUGGGCAUGUGUCAGUACGGCAUGAGGCAGACCGCAGAGGUCGAGAACCAGAUGACGUCGGUGGAAAGAAUAUUGGAAUACACAAAUUUGCCGGCGGAACAUCCCGUAGAUGUCGAUGAAAAGUUAUUGAAGGCCGAAAAUCCUGAUCUAGAUUUUGAUAAAUGGCCCAGCAAAGGCGAAAUAGUGUUCGACGACGUGUCCGUGGAGUAUGAAAAACCACCGAAAAAGGAGAAGGAGGGCUCGGCGGUCGGAUGCGAGAAAGCGGAGGAGCCCUCGUACGCCGUGCGCGGCGUGAGCUUGGUGGUGCGCGCGGGCGAGAAGGUGGCGGUGGUGGGGCGCACGGGCGCCGGCAAGAGCUCGCUGGUGGCGGCGCUGUUCCGGCUGGCGCGGGUGUCGGGGCGCGUGACGGUGGACGGCGUGCGCGCGGAGGCGUGCGGGCUGCGCGCGUGGCGGUCGCGGCUGUGCGCGCUGCCGCAGCGGGCCGCGCUGUUCGCCGCCACGCUGCGCGACAACCUCGACCCCGAGCGGCGCUACGGCGACGCGCAGCUGUGGGCGGCGCUGGAGCGCGUGCGGCUGCGCGCGGCGGCCGCGGGCCUGCCGGGCGGGCUGGCGGCGCGCGUGGGCGACGCGGGCGGCACGCUCUCGGCCGGCCAGCGCCAGCUGCUGUGUCUGGCGCGCGCCGCGCUCGCCGGCCGCGCCGUGCUCGUGCUGGACGAGGCCACGGCCAACGUGGACACCGAGACGGACGAGCACAUCCAGGCGACGCUGCGCACGACGUUCGCGCAGGCCACGGUGCUCACCAUCGCGCACCGCCUCAACACCGUCAUGGACUACGACCGCGUCAUCGUCAUGGACAAAGGGCGCGUGGUGGAGUCGGGACACCCGUUCGAGCUGCUGACGAGCGCGGCGGGCAGGCCCGACCUGCCGCCCAGGAGAACGUUGCUAACUAAGAGCCAAGCGCCGCUGGCGAUACCCGAGAACUUCCCGUUCGAGGCGGAGCGGCCCGCGGAGAGCGACCUCAACGAGACCUUCGUGCUCUCCCGCGACAGGAUCAGGACAUACUCCAAUAGUUCUAUUGUGGCCUGCAGGUCCGAGGCUAACGAGCAGGAGGGCGGCUUCUUCAAAUCUCUGGUGGAGCAGACCGGCCCCGAGACGUCCGCCAUGUUACAUCGCAUGGCCGAGGAGAGCUAUAAAAAAUUACAAGAAAAAAAGAAGAUGGCCUAAACAUAAAAAAAAAAUCUAUUGAAAUACACCAAGUGCCUUUUAAAAGGUUCCUUUGAGCGAAUAUACAAUUUUUUAAUAUACUGUGGGAUAUAAGGCUGGACCUUAAUACUAUAUACUAUAUAUACAUAUAUAUCAUACAGGAGUGUCCUAUAUUUGUACACGUUAUUUUGGGACACCAUGUAUAUCAAUUUAAAUUAUUAUAACUUGCCUUGUGUUAAGACUUAGACAUUGUCACAUUGAAUGCGAAGCUAAGGCUAAGCUAUACUACAUUUUAAAUCUGUUAUUUACACUUUUUUGUAUAUCGCAGCAAACAGACGUGAAAAACUAACCUAAUUUCAUGUUGAAUUUUGAGUAAAUAUAAAAUUUAAAUAGUUAUAUUUAAUUACAACAUGUCAAUUUAAAGAAUACAAAGGAUGAUUACAAAGUUGUGAUAUUUUGCUUCUUUGUAAAAUUGAGAAAUUGUAACAACGGGCUUUCAUUGUACCAAAGCGUAUUUUUGUAUUUUUUUUAAUAAAGGGGAAGUUUGAAAAUAUGUUUUUGUGUAAGAGGAUACUGUAAUGAUGUUAGAAAGGUG